AUGAGUCGCCAUCCGAACAACUACGGCGAUGCGCCGCCUUCAUACAUCGACGAGACGUCUUCCUUUCUGUCCGAUGCCGAAUCCCCCAAUGCAUCGCGCCUGAACGGCGGCACUAUGCGCCUGUUGCCAACCAGUGGCGACGGUGCAGACGACUUCAAUACUAGUCCAAGGGCGCCCUCGCCUUCCCAUUACAAUUAUGACCCAAGUUAUGAUCACACUCCUACCGGACGAGAGCCAUCCUACGACAAUUAUUACCAGGUCCCAAGCGCGUCUUCGCCUUCGCGCCCUCCAUCUAGCUUGGCCAGCGGCCCUUAUAUGCCCCCUCCUACAGCAAGCCUAGCAGAUGAGUCUGUCUAUCCCUCUAUCCCUCCUCGCACAGGCUCCCCAAUUCGGCCAUGGAGCCCCUCCCACAUCCGCCCGCCAUCCGUCUCAAGUGUUGGCUAUGAACGAUCUGAUAUCAACGGAAGUCCACGACCUGGCACCCCGAGCUCGAGAUAUGGAGGCAGUCCCCGCAGACCGCUACCUCCUGCCCCUCUCUUCUCAGGACCGAAAUCAAGCACGGUAGACUCGAGCAUCGAUAUCAGUGAUGGCAUUACCGACGACGACCCAUUCGGUGGUGAUGGCCGCACAAUCGGACACACCUCGCGUGGCAGUGUUCGCUCUUUUAUGAGCGAGUCCACCAUGCUAGGCGACGAGAAAGAUGAGAUGCACAAGGUGGACCUCGAAGACGACGUGUCUGACGAUGCCUCAUCGGGCAUGAUCGACCCCAAUCUACACUACGGUCCUGCGCCCGAGAAACAGGGCCGCCGUGGUGUUCGCUCAAAGCAGGUCGCCAAGAAGGAAGUCCAACUAGUCAACGGCGAGCUGAUCUUGGAGUGCAAAAUCCCGACUAUUCUGCACAGUUUCUUACCCCGUCGCGAUGAGCGCGAGUUCACCCAUAUGCGCUACACGGCUGUUACGUCUGAUCCAGAUGAUUUCUCUGAGCGUGGAUACAAGCUGCGCCAACAGAUUGGAUCGACUACCCGUGAGACCGAGUUGUUCAUCUGUGUUACCAUGUACAACGAAGAUGAAAUUGGUUUCACACGUACCAUGCACGGUAUCAUGCAGAACAUCAGUCACUUCUGCUCGCGAACCAAGUCGCGUACUUGGGGACGCGAUGGGUGGAAGAAGAUUGUCGUUUGCAUUGUUUCUGAUGGACGUAAGAAGGUCCACCCGCGUACCUUGAAUGCCUUGGCUGCGCUGGGUGUCUACCAGGAGGGUAUUGCAAAGAACAUUGUCAACCAAAAGGAAGUCCAGGCCCACGUUUACGAGUACACGACUCAGGUGUCCCUUGACGACGAUCUCAAGUUCAAGGGUGCGGAGAAGGGUAUCGUGCCCUGCCAGGUCAUUUUCUGUCUGAAAGAGCACAACAAGAAGAAGUUGAACUCCCACAGAUGGUUCUUCAAUGCUUUCGGACGCGCUCUUCAGCCCAAUAUUUGUAUUCUGCUGGAUGUUGGUACCCGUCCCGAGCAGACUGCCCUCUAUCACUUGUGGAAGGCUUUCGAUCAAGAUUCAAACGUUGCCGGAGCAGCUGGUGAGAUCAAGGCUGCCAAAGGAAAGAAUUAUCUUGGUCUGCUCAACCCCCUCGUCGCCAGUCAGAACUUCGAAUACAAGAUGUCAAACAUUCUUGAUAAACCGUUGGAGUCCGUCUUCGGUUACAUUACUGUGCUUCCCGGUGCUCUCAGUGCCUACAGAUUCUUCGCGUUGCAGAACGACGCUGACGGACACGGCCCACUCAACCAGUACUUCAAGGGUGAGACUCUGCACGGUCAAGAUGCCGACGUCUUCACAGCGAACAUGUACCUGGCCGAGGAUCGUAUUCUCUGCUGGGAGUUGGUGGCAAAACGUGAAGAGAGAUGGGUCCUCAAGUUCGUUAAGAACGCUGUCGGAGAGACUGAUGUGCCCGACGCUGUUCCUGAAUUCAUUUCUCAGCGUCGUCGCUGGCUGAACGGUGCUUUCUUCGCUGCCGUGUACUCUAUCUUCAACGCGAAGCAGAUUUGGUACACGGAUCACACGCUUGCCCGCAAGAUUCUCCUUCACAUCGAAUUCUUCUACCAAUUCCUCAACCUUCUGUUCACCUACUUUGGUCUUGCCAAUUUCUACCUCGCUUUCUACUUCAUCGCUGGUUCCUUGACUGAUAAGAAGAUGGACCCCUUCGGUCACAAUGUGGGAAAAUACAUCUUCUACAUUCUAAAAUACGCGUGUGUCUUGGUCAUGUGCUUGCAGUUUAUCAUCUCUUUGGGUAAUCGACCACAGGGUGCCAAAAAUCUCUAUUUGUCGGGUAUCAUUGUAUAUGCGAUCAUCAUGUUCUACACAGUGUUCUGUGCGCUUUACCUUGUGGUUAAAGAGCUACUUGCACGUGCAGGCAUAGGAGGUGACGAUAUGGCCGUCAGCGACAGUUUGAUGAUGAACAUCGUUCUAUCUAUGCUUUCAACUGUCGGUCUUUACUUCUACAGUUCCUUCAUCUACCUGGACCCAUGGCACAUGUUCACCUCCUCGAUCCAAUACUUCCUUCUCAUGCCAAGUUAUGUCUGCAUUCUACAGGUCUACGCCUUCUGUAACACCCACGAUGUUACUUGGGGAACAAAGGGAGACAACGUCAUCAACACCGAUCUUGGUGCUGCGAAGGUCAUAAAUGGAUCCACCGUCGUCGUCGAAAUGCCCUCCGAACAACUAGACAUCGAUUCAGGCUAUGACGCUGCACUUCGCAAUCUCCGUGAUCGCCUCGAGGUCCCCGAGCCCCCACCAUCCGAGUCCCAACUCCAGGAAGAUUACUACCGUGCUGUUCGUACAUACAUGGUCUCCAUCUGGAUGGUCGCCAAUGUCAUUCUCGGUAUGGCCGUCUCGGAAGUCUACGGCAUUGACGCAGGUGGCACCAACGUCUACCUCGCUAUUAUCCUCUGGUCUGUCGCUGUACUUGCUGCUAUCCGUGCAAUUGGUUCAACAGUCUACGCCAUCCUGCACGUCGUUCACAAGAUCGUCGAAGCAAAGACGAAGUUCGAUGCUGGCAACAUGACCAAUUUCGCGCCUAGCGCCUAUGGUGGAUCUAGUGUUGGCCCUGCUUCCGAGUCUUCGAAGAAGACUACUUCGACUCGUCCUGUGCGUUAUGGUGGUGGUGCUACCAUCAAGGAUAAACUUAAUGAGGCGCGCUGGUCGGCUGGCCGAGUGGCUAAGAAAGCGAUGUUCUGGCGCAAGUAG